AUGUCCUAUUUUAAUCUUGUGAAGAGCAUAACAUCUGUCUUUCGAAAUGUGUAUGGUCUGUCACGGUUUCAUCACACAACCCCAGGGGUGUGCUGUUAUAGUAAAAUACAGAGUGGUGAGAAAUACACUGAUCCUUUUAAACUUGGCUGGAGAGACUUGAAAGGUCUAUAUGAAGACAUUAAAAAGGAAUUGUUCAUAUCUACAACGGAACUUAAGGAAAUGUCCGAGUACUACUUCGAUGGAAAAGGAAAAGCCUUUCGACCAAUUAUUGUGGUGCUAAUGGCCCGAGCAUGUAACAUUCAUCAUAAUAACUCCCGAGACGUGAAAGCCAGCCAGCGCUCCAUAGCCUUAAUUGCAGAAAUGAUCCACACUGCUACCCUGGUUCAUGACGACGUCAUUGAUGAUGCAAGUUCUCGAAGAGGAAAACACACAGUUAAUAAGAUCUGGGGUGAAAAGAAGGCUGUUCUCGCUGGAGAUUUCAUUCUUUCUGCAGCAUCUAUAGCUCUGGCACGAAUUGGAAACACUACUAUUAUAUCUAUUUUAACCCAAGUUAUUGAAGAUUUGGUGCGUGGUGAGUUUCUUCAGUUAGGAUCCAAAGAAGAUGAGAAUGAGCGAUUCGCCCACUACCUUGAAAAGACCUUCAAGAAGACUGCGAGUCUGAUCGCCAACAGUUGUAAAGCAGUCUCUGUCCUAGGAUGCCCGGACCCAGUGGUGCAUGAGAUUGCUUAUCAGUAUGGAAGAAAUGUGGGGAUGGCUUUUCAGCUCAUAGAUGACGUGCUGGACUUCACCUCGUGUUCCGAACAGAUGGGCAAACCAACAUCCGCUGACCUGAAGCUGGGGUUAGCCACAGGCCCCGUCUUGUUUGCUUGCCGGCAGUUCCCAGAAAUGAAUGCUAUGAUAAUGAGACGGUUCAGCUUGCCGGGAGAUGUGGACAGAGCUCGACAAUGCAUAUUACAGAGUGAUGGUGUGCAGCAAACAACCUACCUCGCCCAGCAGUACUGCCACGAAGCAAUAAGGGAGAUCAGUAAACUCCGGCCAUCCCCAGAGAGAGAUGCCCUCAUUCAGCUUUCGGAAAUUGUACUCACAAGAGAAAAAUGACAGCUCUUCCUGUUCUUUCUGGCAGCUAUUUUACCAGACUGUGCCUAAAAAAAAAAAAAUCUGUGGAAAUACACCUUAUUUGCUUCGUGUGCAGAUAACCAAAAAUCAUUUUAAAAAAUCAUUUCAACCUUACUGUUGGGCAGUUUUUUUAUUGGCAGUUUUUCAGAAAACUUUUUAAAUGUAAUUAAACCACCUGAAUCUGUCCUCGUAGUCCUAUAAAGUCUAAUGGAGGUAUCUUGAUGAUGAUUAUAUGUGGUAUUGUUUACAUGGUUAAUAGCCACAUGUGAAGCCAUUGCACAAAUAAAUAAUCAAUGUUAAAAUUCA